CUCAAGACUCACAAUCAAAUCUCUAAGGCAAAAAAAAAAAAAGUAUAGAAAGAAAAAUGGCCUGCUGGUCAACUGAAAAUGCUACCAAGGCCUAUCUUAGAGCAAUAAAAAUGGGAAAGAGAGCAAAGGAGCCAGAGAUGGCAGAAUUCAUUUCAGCACUUGCUGCAGGCAACAAUGCACAACUUAUGGUUGUUGCAUGUGCCGGUGCAGCCGACUCGGCCAUCACAUUAGCUCUGGUGGCUGCAGCGCACCAAACAGGUGGCCGAGUCAUCUGCAUCAUUGGAUCAGCUGACAAGCUGAUCCAAUCGAUUAAAUCUCUAGGACACAACUCAAGACACGUUGAGUUUGUCUCUGGAGAUGCCAAAACAUUACUAAUGAAUGACUAUAGAGAAGCGGAUUUCGUACUCAUUGACUGCAACCUCAACAACUGCGAAGGGAUUCUUCAAACAGCGCGAAUGAUGGGAGAAAACGUGAGUGUUUUGGGAUACAACGCGCUUUGUAUGGAUUCGUGGAGGUGCCAGAGCUUUAAUGCUCAUUUGCUUCCUAUAGGGGAAGGGUUGUUAGUGACUAGUAAUAAAACGGCGAAAAAAGGGGGAAAUUUGGGAGUUUCAGGGAAGAAGAGUAGAUGGAUUGUGAAAGUAGAUAAAUGCACAGGGGAAGAACAUGUUUUCAGAAUCAGAGGAAAACCAGUUGAAGCCUAAAGCUCUCUGUUUUGUGAACUCUCUUUUGAUAGAUUGAUUACUAGUGUUGAUUAAUUAGGAAAAAAAAGAUUUUGAACUGUAAAUAGCUGCAAUGUUUGAUUAAU